UGGCGGGCGGGUAGUCGUCGUCGUCGUCGUGUUCUUCAUUGCGCGGGAAAACGAACUCGUCCGAGAAGAAUCGAUAAUUUGAAGUGGAUCUGGCAUUCGAAUGUCGGUGCGAACGUCACGUACGCAUUCGUGAAUCGCUCGCACGCACGCACGGAAUGCUGCACGCCAGCGCACGAAGGCUGUAAAGGAGGAGGACUGUAGGAUAAUACACGACGGAGGCAGAGGCCAAUGGAGGAGCUUUGAAGACAAACCCUUCGAAGGAAGUUCGGUGUAGACGUGAAUGCCCAGGGAAGAGAGAGAGAGAGUGGGGACGAGAUUGAGGGAGAGAGAAAGAUUGAGAGAGAGAGAGACAGUGAGAGACAGAUAAAGAUAAAGCGAGAGAGAGAGAGGGAGUGAGAGAUUACGACAGCCAGAAUUCCCUUUUCCGUCAGGAGAUUACAACAUCUCCAACAGCAUCGUCUCCACCUUCUCCACCACCUCUGGCUGAUGCUGGGGGAUAGGCGCCUUGUAUAGGCCUAUAGAUGGACGUGAAAGUGAAGUGAUUAGUAAUUAAAUAAUUAAAUAGAUAAAUAUCUCUCGCAGUGACUUCCAUUAGACCGACGGAGGAGGAGACGGGACGUAAAGUACGACUUCCCCCAGUGCCUUUAUAUCGCAUCGAAGAACGACCCCUUCCCCUUCUGUUAUUUAGUCCAUUCCCCCUUCCACUUCCUCCCAUUCCUCUCCGCUUUCCCUCGCUCGAAUCGCCUGAAAUAAGACCCCCUACAGAGGAGGAGCCCGAGGAAGACCACCACCACCAUCAUCAUCAUCACCCGUCGAGUUGGAAAUUUGAAUUUUUAAAAAGUAAAAAAACAGUCUCAUUCCUUCUUCCCCCUUCCUCUUCUUCCCCUCAUCUUAUAGUCGCAUUCCCCCCUACCUCUCACUCUCACGCUCUCUCUCUCUCCCCGCUGAAUUGACUAAGAGGCGGAUGAAUUAUGCAUUGGUUGCUAUGGGUAACGCCACCCAGUCGACAUUUUUGAUUUCGGCGUCUCAGUUAUAACCGGAUGUGGCCGCUGGAGCCCUUCGUCGAAGGCGCCCUUGGUUCGGCCUCCGAUUCCUCCUCCUAUUCCUCCUCCAACUCCAAUUCCAACUCCUCCUGUUGCUGCGGAUUCCCGCCCGUCUUUUUCCGCCUCCAUAGGCCUAGGUCGCCGUCGGCCCCUAGGGGCACGUAGGCCUAAAGGAAUACUGAAAAAGGUCGACCUGGAGGGCCUUAUGCCAGCAGUGCGAGUGAUCAGUGACCGUGUUUUGAUAUUCCAGUGAAUAUUUACGUAAUUACGUCGAUAGGCCUACGUUUUAAAGUCAUUCCAGUGUCUAUAGGCCUAUAUAUUGAAGUCUCCUGUAUCCAUAGGCCUGUGUUAAAGUCAUUCCUGUAUUUAUAUAGGCCUAUAUAUUGAAGUUCUGUAUAUUUAGGCCUACGUUUCCAGCCCCCAAGGUGCAUCUGUAGGCCUAAAGGAAAACGGACCGGGAAAGUGGGCCUUAUGCCAGCAGCAGCCUCAGGUUGUCCUCUACAGUAGGCCUACGUGUGAGCAGCGGCGAUUUCCAGCGAAGAAUUGUUUUCGUAUCUACAGGCCUAGGGCACCGUCCUCCAAAGGCACGUAUAGGCCUACAGGGAAAUACUAAAAAAAAAAUAGAAAACCGGGGCCUUAUGCCAGGCCUGUCCAGUGCGCGCGUGGCGAUCCCCCUCCUCCAUGUUUGCGUCGGGAUUGGCAGUGUUUUUUCGUGUGAUUAGCCUAGGCCUCCUACGAUCCCUCGGGAAGGAAGUGCUAGGCCUAUAACUGAAAGGCUACUCUAGGCCUGUGUAGGAGCUGCCGCUGCUUGGGUUCACGGGCUGCUCGGGGCCCCGAGAAGGCGACGUAUAUGUCUUGCCAGCUGGAUGGAUGACCACCAUGGUGAAGCCGGGCAGCUCCAAGCGCAAACUUUUCAGUGCCAGCAAAGAACAGAAGGAAAAUGAACCAGGCGUUGGUGUAACCAAACCGUCUUCCAAUUUUGCAGCCAAUGAGAAACUAGGGAAGGACGCUCCUGUUGGACCCCAGGGCUUAAAGAACCUCAGCAAUAUUGGCGGGCAAAGAAAGAAUAACGCUGGUAGUGGGGGUUGCGGGAGUGGGGGCAGAGCAGUGGGGUGGAAGGCUGAAGAUGUAGCCGUGACACACCUUACUCCCAGCCGGCCAGUCAUGCCCAUGUCGGAAAGGCAACAGAUUGCGCUCUUGAUGCAGAUAUCCUCACCUUCUCCACCAGACAAAGUAGAACUGAGCAGGUCUAGCAGUCCACGAACUCCCACAACUCCAAGUAUAAGUCGGGGCGUGAAUAAACGUAACGAACGCGGUGAAACUCCUUUACUUGUUGCUGCGAUUAAAGGAGACACAGAAAGAAUAUCACAACUAAUUGCUCAAGGUGCCGAUGUAAAUGCAACAGAUUAUGCAGGUUGGAGUGCAUUGCAUGAGGCGUGUAAUAGAGGCUUUUAUGGAGUAUCUAAAUUGUUGAUAGAAGCUGGGGCAGACGUUAAUGCAAAGGGACUAGACAACGAUACUCCGCUUCAUGAUGCUUGUAUCAAUAAUCAUUUCAAGCUGGUCCGAUUGUUGUUAAGAUGUGGUGCCGGUGUUGAUGUGGUGAAUCGUCGAGGAAAGACGCCACGUGACGUGUGUCGCUCUCCUGGUAUCAUCACCCUAAUUGAAGCUGCAGCCAGUGGGAACCUCCAGGAUUUGGGCUCUUCCUCUGGAGACGAAACCCCACAGCUACAGGAAGGUGGCAGUUGCUCAACUAUGUCUAGGCGGACUCCUCCUGCCAAUAAAUCUUCAGAGGAAAAGCCUGGAGGGGGACCUGGGUCUCCAAGAGUCACCUUGCGUCUUCCGAAUAACGUCUCGCGCACACCUGAUAAACCAAGAUUGCAGGAUUCAAAAAAUAUAAUGGAAAAUAGUGAAGAUGUUUAUGAGUUCAAAUGCAAAGAUGAAAAUAGGGUCGAGGAAGAAGAGGAAGACAAGAAUGCAAAUACUGCUCGACCAGAUGGCGCGCCGGCGGAGGAAAAAUCUGAAAAACGGACGAGGGAGCCCGAGGGGGAAGAAGAUGAAGAGGCUAGAAAAAAGAGAAGAUUAGAGAAUAAAGAGGCUCCUAAGGGUGCUGGCAGAGGUGCGGGUAGACCAGCAGGGACUGUAGAGAAGACUGUUAAAACAGCUGGCCGGGGGAAUAACAACAAUAAUUCAACUGUGGCUAAGCCUUCCUCCUCCACAGGAGGGAGUGGAACUGGUGUGACUGGUGGUGGAAGUACUGCUAGUGGAGGGGGUGGGGUUAGUGGUGGAGGUGGAGGAGGAGGAGCAGGAGGAGGGGGAGCAACCACAGGGUCUGGAACAGGAUCGGGAGGAGUGGGAGGGUCCACUUCAUCAUCGUCGACGUCUUCGGGCUCUGGUUCGGCGGGUAACACGGGAGUCAUUACCACCACAGAAAGAAAGAGUCCGAUGGGCUCUGCUGCCAACAGUCCAAAGCCAGGUAGCACCAAAGGAGGGGACAGCAGUGAAGAUGACGAGAUAAAAAGUGAAUCGAGCACCGGUGCAGGCCCUAAGGUACCACCUCUGAAGAUUGUCUUGGGUGGAGGGAACGAACAAGAAGCCAGCGCAAGAAAUGGGAAAAGCGUCGCUAACCGCCAGUUGCCGUACGUUGUGAACUCGAGCUCCGGGGAGGAAAAAGAAGUACCUGCAGAAGGGAAGGAGGCUGUGCCAACUGUGAAGGUGAAUCCUGAUAUGGAAGACCAAGGGAACUCAAACAGUAGUUCUGGUAGUGAAAAGGGGAGCGGCACCAGAAUUACCAGAUCGCAACGAGGAGGGAAUAGCAGCUCGGCAGAAGAGAACACAACAGAUGUGGAUACCCCAGUGACUUCGACUACAAUAAAGACGGAAAUAAAGGUGGAAGAGCCUACAGUAUCUUUUGCCUCGCCUGACGAUGCAGUCCAUCCCCGGAAGAGGAAACUAGUAAACAAGAUAAUAAAAGACUCGGAUGCGGAGCCUCCCAUGGUGUCAUUAGUGGAUCAGCCAAUCAGCAACUGUUAUGAAACAUUUUUGAAAAUUAGGAAGCAGAUUGAACGUCGCCGAGAAAAUCUUCGACCUGUGCAACCCAAGCCACCUCAGGGAUUUAAAGACUAUCUGAUGAAUCGCUGUUCCUACGUUCUAGCAGGCAAUGCGACAUCCAGGCUCUCGGUACCCGUAAUAUCACCUCCAGCGUCUCUAACGCAAGCUUUAAAAGACUUAUUUAAUGACCAGGAAAAAGACCGAUAUCGCUUAAGAUUACAGCAUCUUAUUGAAAAAGAGAAAUUAGUUUUGAGUGUAGAACAAGAAAUACUGCGUGUCCAUGGCAGAGCUGCACGAGCAUUAGCAAAUCAAGCUUUGCCAUUUUCUGUUUGUACAUUUUUAAAGGAUGAAGAGGUUUAUAAUAUUACUGCUCCUGAACAAGAGAAAGAUGGAAAUGCUCGUUCUAGGUAUAAUGGCAGACUCUUCCUCUCGUGGCUGCAAGAUGUGGAUGAUAAAUGGGACAAAAUUAAGGAAUCUAUGGUGCUACGUCAUCAUAACGAAGCAGAGUCACUCCAUGCGGUCCAGCGAAUGGAUUGGGAAUGGAAGCUGAAAGAGUUGGGCGAAUGUGACGCAAACUCUAGACCACACAUAGAUGAACUGCAUGUCCCCAUGGUGCACGUUUCUGAAGAUUUUGAUCUUUUGCCAGCUUGAAGGAAUCAUUUCACAAUUAUUGAUUGUUCAACAACAGGAGCUUGUUUUCUGUGCUCAGUUAGUGGUUAAUGUUCAUUUGUAUUGGAAAGUUGGUGUAGAAUAUUUUGGCUGUGAUAAUGUAUAUUACUAAAGGUGUGAAGUCCAGAUUUAGUCAAACUAAAUUGCAAAAGCAAAGCUAAAAACUAAAAAAAAAAAAAAUCUGAUACUCUGCUGUCUUUUCUGUGAUAUAUUAGACAUAAUAUUAUGGCUUAUAAUGUUUAGUGCUGUAUGUAAUGAAACUUAAAAAAAAAAUAUAAAUAUAUGUGCAUAUAAAAAAAAAAAUCAC